CAUCGGGCAAAGAGGCGUCACAAGUCCAGCUUCCAGAAAGGCAAUUAGGUGCAGCUUUGGCAAAGUCAUGUCCCGGCCUACUCGGAGUCAGAGCGUCAUGCUGCAGUGCUGGCUGCAUGCCUCCCCACCGGGCCAAGAACACCUACCUGGUCAUAAAUGGGCUUUCACUUGUACGGCACCUUUCUACCUUGAAGGUACCCACCGUUGCCACAUUUACCUCCUGCUGAAGCAGCAGCAGCAGCAGCCAAGGGUUCAGUAUCUUGCCCGAGGAUACUUCGACAUGGUUACGGGAAGGCGGAGGAUUGAACCAGCAACGUUCAGACUGGGAUGAAGUCAUUGUGGCAAGAGGCGGCACACCCAUCAUCUUAAUGUGCAUCAAUAGGGACGUGAGGGGCGACGUGGGCAUCAGCUGGAUGGUCAAGCUACACGGUGCGAAUGACUGGAAGCUGGUGCUGUCGGCCAAUGAGCGCAAAAGGUUUGCCGGCAGUGCCUACAAGCCUUCCAUGCGCUUGGUUGAACCCUACUUCCAAGACACGGGGGAUUUUUCUCUGGUCUUCCCACCCACAAUACAGGAUGUCGGCCUUUACGCGUGCUUGAUAGAGCAGCAAGGGAGGAAAGUGAAGGAGAAGACAAUCCUGUUGGCCAUCAUCUCCGUCAUCGUCAUUCCGGCCAUCUCCAUCCCUCAGCAGAGCACCCUGCGUCUGAUUGCCAGGGUCAUUCCUCAGUAUGCUGUCCACCAGAUCACUUGGGAAUCUCCACAUGGACGUUCCUUAAAAACUGAGAGUAAACCCAACACCGGAAUAGUGGCCAAACUUCCCCAAGUGACAUACAGUGAUGCUGGGCUCUACGAGUGUCACUGUCUGGUUCUUCCUGAAGCUGUCUUCACCUUUGCGGUGAAUAUAGUCAUCGAUGCUGUCAGGGUGGCCUCAUUCACCAACGUAGUGCACAGCCCACCCAUCUCCACUGCAACUCAGGCCAUGAUGCUCUUCCAUCUUUCCUGUCCCGAUGUCCAAGGGGACUGCGUCCUCCUAUACUGGCAAAACCCAAAGUCCUCCAUAAGCGAGCUGGUGUACCACUAUGAUCGCUGGAGGGGCACCACUCUGACGACUACGUACAGCCAGAACCUGCAACUGGCCGGCUCGCCCUACAAUGCAGAGUCCGGGAACUUUUCCUUCAUCCUCACGCCUGACCUCAGCAAUGGCGGCCUCUACAUCUGUGACGUGCUCCUCAAUGACCACGCCUUCAGCCAGAGAACCCUGCUGAAUGUGCUGAAAGUGACGACCAGCCGUUCAUCCUCUAAACUGGAGCUGGAUUGUCUCUACAGCGCACUGACUGAGGUUCACAGCGGAGUGUGGGAGCACGAGAAUAAGAGUCACAGGCUGGAAAUGAUGAGCAGUGGCCCUGGAAGUGUGAGGACCGAUUUGCCCUUACCCAUCACCUCAGACACAGCUGGGAACUACACCUGUACCCUGCAGCUAAACAACGGCCAGACUGUCAGUGCCACACACAUGGUCAAGCAACAAGAGAGUGUCAGUGUCCCCGCACCCUCGUCGCUCUCUUCCCUCUCCGCUUUAUUACUUUUGGUGCCCCUGUUUGCCACGGCUGUUGCUGUGUUGCUAUGGAGACAGAAGCACAUCACCGAUCGCGCUAUUGAGCAGUCCCUGUCCGUCCACUCGGGCGAGGCGGAGAACAUCUAUGAGAAUCCCGAAGAUGUCAGACAGGCUGCUCCUCCGGGUUCAGUCUACAUGGAUUUAAAACCAAGAAAGAAUGAUGUCUAUAAGGAGCUGGAGCGAUCCAAGCAAUGUCAGAGCUGAUCACCUACAGUACAACCCUCAUGCAGCUGUCACAUCUGUCCUCCUGCAUGUUGCAGCAGGAGGGCCAUUUUACCAGGAGCACAGCAUGAGCAAGAUGUUAUAAUUGGCUUUUGGACAG